AUGGACGAGAAUAUACUUUUGCUUCCAAUCAAAGGUUGGUUCAAGUUGCUCUCUUCUAUACAGAGAUACCCCGAGGCCUUUAAGCUGUGCAUUGGAUGGAUUUUGUGGAAUACGGGCUAUAGCAACUUCCUCGGUCUCAUUUCAUCAUUGUUUCUUCAGGUGACUGGUUUCAGCAGCAGAGACGGUGUGUAUCAAAUCUGGUCUUUCACCAACGUGAUAUUUGCUGUCUUGGGUAGCUUGUCGUUUUUGUUUCUUUUCCCUCGUGCCAGAGUACCGCUGAAAAGCUGGCUUUACGUGUUUCUGGUAGUAAAUAUGGCUUGCGUGCUUUGGGGUUGUAUUGGUAUCAACGAUCACGUCACGAUUGGAUACAAACACCAAGCAGAGUUCUGGGUCGAACAGGCUCUAUUCAUGUCUACGAGUAGUGCACUACGGUCCUAUAACCGUGCAGUCUACUCCUCGCUUCUUCCAAAGGGGUCCGAAGCGCAGUUUUUUGGUCUUGAGAUCACACUGGACCUAGCAACCGGGUGGAUCAACCCACUGGUGCAAAGUGUCAUUCAAGACCAUACCCAUAACUUGCGAUUUCCCAUGAUUCCAAACUUAUUGCUUAUGCUAGUGGCUACUGUGUUUUACGUUUGGGUGGACAUUUCCAAAGGUAUUGAAGAUGCCAAAAGUCUUCUGGAUUAA